AAAAAGUUUUUUAAAAAAGAACAGAUGUAUAAGAUAUGUACAAAACCGAAGAGCUCUACAUGAAUUCAUCGUUUCCUUUUUCUUCCUUUUCUUUUUAUUUUUUUAAAUUGAGGGAUGCAAGUGAUUGGAAUUCAAAGGCUUUGCUAAGCUGGAGUUAUGAAGCUCUAUUAGGUUGUUCAAUGUCAUACAAAAAACAUAUCUUUCAAUGAAAUGGACUUUACCAUCGAAAAGUUGAAUGAAUGUUUCGGUACUGCUAAACAAAGUUUUCUUGUCAAGGAGAAGAUUUUGUUUUCUGUCUUAUUUGACAGCACAAAAUUGAUUGGAAAAGUUGCCCUAGACAAUAUCGACUUUUUUGUCUUUCAUAUGUAUAAUGAUGUGGAGACUUAUUUUGGACAGUUAUGAAUUUGUUUAUCUAUGCUGGAUAAUCAUUAGUAUUGUUGAUCAAGACCCAACAACUGAUGACCCAUGAAAUGGGUUUAAUUAAGCAUAGUGUGUACUUAAAGAUGCUUGUAGUUGGAUCAUUUGAAUCUGUCAAAAGUCAAGCUAGUUACAUAAAUCCGAAGAUCAUUUGAUGCUAAAAAUUGUAGCUUUGCAGAGCAGUUUUCAAUAUAACAGUUUGGUGUGAUUUCAUUACUAGAAUAAGCAGAAUGUGGCUUUUUGGAUGGAAAGGGCCGUCUGGGUUCUCAGCCUCUUCUACAGCAGAGGAAGUUACACAAGGGAUUGAUGGAACUGGUCUUACUGCCAUUGUUACAGGAGCAUCAAGUGGCAUUGGUGCAGAGACAACGCGUGUCCUUGCACUGCGUGGUGUCCAUGUAGUUAUGGCAGUGCGGAAUCUGGAUGCUGGUAGGAAUGGCAAAGAAGCAAUGCUCAAGGAAAUCCCCAAAGCUGAGAUUGAUGUCAUGGAGUUAGACCUAAGCUCAAUGGCAUCAGUGAGGAAUUUCGCAUCUGAAUAUACGUCCUUGGGUCUUCCUUUGAACAUUCUCAUUAAUAAUGCAGGGGUUCUGUCAUCUCCUUCCAAGCUUUCUCAAGAUAACAUUGAGCUGUUAUUUGCAACCAACCAUAUAGGUCAUUUUCUGUUGACAAACCUUUUAUUGGAGAUCAUGAAAAACACAGCACAAAAAAGCAAGCAAGAAGGAAGGAUCAUUAAUGUAUCAUCAGUAGGUCACCGAAUAGUGACUCGUGAAGGGAUUUGUUUCGAUAAAAUCUAUAACGAGGCGAGUUGGUUUUCUUAUGGACAAUCAAAGCUUGCUAACAUAUUGCACGCCAGUGAGCUUGCAAGGCGGCUGAAGGAAGAAGGGGAAGAGAUAACUGCUAAUUCACUACAUCCCGGAGCAAUCCAUACCAAUCUUCUGCGUCACCAGGGUUUUGUUAAUGCUAUUUUCAGCUUGUUCGGUAAAUACAUGACAAAAAAUGUUCAGCAGGGAGCAGCAACUACAUGCUACAUUGCAUUGCAUCCACAAGUUAAAGGGAUGAGUGGAAACUAUUUUAUGGACAGUAACAUAGCAGAACCAAGCUCUCAGGCCAAAGAUGCAGAAUUGGCCAAAAAGCUCUGGGAUUUCAGCUUGAUCAUCACUGACAAAAAAUAGUCAGGAUUCUUUCAUAGUUUUUUUGGCAGUAAAUGAAGUUGUACUCUUGUGGACAUUCAAUGUCCAUUGAACAAUUUUUUUUUUUAAGUAAAAGAAAGAACUUGCUUGGUUUGAUGCUAUAAAAGAUAUA